AUGUCAAUGUCCGCUCCAUACGCAUACCAGGUGACCGAUGGCGGCUUCCUAGACAUCGACAUGACGAUCAAAGAGAAAGACGGUGAGAUUCUAGCCGAGGAGCUUAGGAGUUCGGAGAGUAGUGCCGUCAUCUCCGCGCCCAGCGACGGGCGUAUAUCCAUUUGCUUUGGAAAUAAAAUGUCAUCCAUGACCAGCAAAGACAUUAUGUUUUCCAUCUCCGGCGGUAAAACACAGCAGAUCGACACUGGUACUAAAGAAGAGCAGGAUGAAGAAACCAAGCAGAUGGGAGAGCAGAUCCAAGAUCUUUUCACUAAGAUGUUGACUGUCAAGGACGAAAACCAAUACAUGUCUUCCCGUGAGCUCCAGCACUCGCAAAUUAAUGAGGCUACACACGCCAAUGUGCUAUACUGGGCGAUCUUCCAGUGCCUGGUAGUGAUAUUCAUGUCCAUCGGCCAGGUGUACUACAUGAAGCGGUUCUUUGAGCAGAAGCGUAUGGUGUAA